UAACUUACCCAUCCCAGAUAGAUUGACAUGAUCAAAAAGCAACAACCUUCUUCACCCACACCCAACAUCCAAAAUCUCUUCAUUCUCUCGUAGAUCAUCAUCCUCACCGUUCAAUUAGGGUUUCAAAUCCAACACAAACCUUGAAUUACCACACACAAAAUUGAAGUAAAACAGCAAAUAUGAGGAGAGUAUUCGGCGUUAAAAAAGACAAAGAACCGCCUCCUUCUGUUAACGACGCCUCUGAUCGGAUUAAUAAAAGAGGUGAGACUGUGGAUGAAAAGAUCAAACGGCUUGAUGCUGAGCUUGCUCGAUAUAAAGAACAGAUUAAGAAGACUAGACCCGGUCCAGCUCAAGAAGCUGUCAAGGCUCGAGCUAUGAGAGUUCUUAAGCAAAAAAGAAUGUAUGAAGGACAACGUGACAUGUUAUAUAAUCAAACAUUCAACCUAGAUCAAGUGGCAUUUGCUUCAGAAGGGAUUAAAGAUGCUCAGCAAACAAUGUCGGCUUUGAAAUCAGCAAAUAAAGAGUUGAAAGGAAUGAUGAAAACCGUCAAGAUUCAAGACAUUGAUAACUUGCAAGAUGAAAUGAUGGACAUGAUGGAUAUCAGCAACGAAAUACAAGAAUCUCUCGGUAGAAGUUACAGUGUGCCCGAUGAUAUCGAUGAAGAUGAGCUUUUGGGUGAACUUGAUGCGCUCGAGGCUGAUAUGGGGCAGGAAACUGAAGGUGAAGGGGUACCGUCAUAUCUUCAACCUGAUAACGAGCCUGAUUUGAGCGAAGAACUCAACUUGCCUUCAGCUCCAAGUGGACAAGCGGUGCCAGCUGGCAGAGUUAACAAUCAGCCUGUGGAUGAACAUGGGUUUCCUGCUGUCCCUCAUGCAUCACUUCGCACUUAAGCCCGAACCGCUUGGCUAUUAGUCUGUUUAUUCUUCGGCUGGCUGGCUUGGCAUCUUUACUACUACUACUACCACCUUUUUACCUCUGUAAACAAUAGUGUGCAUAUCCGAACAUGAUUACUUUUAUUUGAUGUCAUUUAGAAUAUGAUCUUAUGAAUAAACUCCUACAUUUGGAUUAUAACAAGUAUAUAAUAAUGUUUACUUUUAUCU